UCCUGUCGGAGCACAAUGAAAGCCUGUGUAUCGCCGUGACUCCGGGCGGCGGAGCCAGUGUCAGCAAAGCGGCUAACAACAGACGGGAAACAGAAAGGAAAAUACAAGCUACUUUUUUUUUUUUCCCCCAUCUAUAAAGCGGAGCACUACAAGAGAUAGAACCACAUUGCUUAUUGCGAGUCCAGACCCUCAGAUCCACUGGCCGGGGAUGGAAUGUACAAAAGUGGACAGAAAAGUGGCUGGACAUGACUCGGUGCAAUUGGCUGGAAGUUUGUAAGUUUGACCAUCGUUUGUAAAUUACUCUCGGAAGAGUUUUCUCUCUUGAUACUGUUAGAAUAGAGCCGGGGGUGAGGAAGCCUAAGCGGGAAGGAAAAAAAUGUGUUGAAGGAUCUCUCUCAGUGGCUAGCGACUUGAUCAGACUGCUUUCAUUUAAGGCUAGGAAACCUUAGAGGGAAUGAGGAUUUUACCGGUGAUUGGAUUAACUGAAGAAAAGAGCAUGGUCCAAAAGUCCAAUUACUGACAUUGUUAACAAUUGAAAAGCCAUCUCCCUCUUUUGGGAGAAGACAACAUCCUACAGUACCUCAAAGAGGAGAAAACACCGGAGCCAAAGGAAAGGGAGGAAAAAUUAAAAGCCAAAAGACAGCCUCUCUUGAUUUUUGUACAUUCUGAACAUUGACUUCAAAAAUUUUCUGAAACAGCACUUUUUUUUUCUAACCCAAGGAAAAGUAAAGGCUGCAGGUUACAUAGACGUGGUAGAGCUGUGUUUCUCUGCAGAAACAUCCCCAUAAAAUUUUUUCUGAAACAACUAGGUGAGGGGGAGUCCAGCUCUCUAUUAAUACCCCUCUCAAUUCCCUUUGCUGUCUGUUUCUGUCUCUGGCUUGACAAUCCCUGAAUUCUUGCUCUAACCCCCAGAUCGUGUGUUUACAAAGUACCUAGUGGCUCUCGUCAGCGUGGUGGGGGGAAAAAAAAGCCCCAUCAACUCUGUCCAACUUCUCAAGAGCUGUCAAAUGCAAUUAGAGUAAGUUGAUAAGGGUUUGUUUCCAACUAAUCCUCUGCGAUUGGUUUCUGUUCUGUCUCCUCACCCUGUUUUUACUAACUCCCCUCCCCCACACCUUCUCCACUGCUCCCCCCAACCUCUGAAGACCUCUAUUCAUGUGGCCCUGAGUACUGAGCUCACAUUGUCAAAAACAGAUUUGGCUGCAAUAGCCAGCAGUAGCCUCCUUCCACCUCACCAUCCUAGAGGCAGCAUUGUGUCCAGUAAGAUGGGGGACACAGCGCCCCCACAGGCCCCCACAGGAGGGCUAGGGGGGGCCCCUGGGGCGGGGCUCCUUGGAGGGGGCUCAGUCACCCCGAGAGUGCACAGUGCUAUCGUGGAGCGCCUCCGGGCUCGGAUCGCCGUCUGCCGCCAGCACCACCUAAGCUGUGAAGGACGCUAUGAACGUGGUAGGGCUGAGAGCUCUGACCGGGAACGAGAGAGCACCUUGCAGCUCCUGAGCCUGGUACAGCAUGGCCAGGGGGCGAGGAAGGCUGGCAAGCACACCAAGGCCACCACCGCUGCGGCCACCACUACCGCCCCUCCACCGCCCCCUGCUGCCCCUCCUACAGCCUCUCAAGCCGCAGCGACAGCCGCCCCACCGCCCCCACCAGACUAUCACCAUCACCACCAACAGCACCUGCUGAACAGUAGCAGUAAUGGUGGCGGUGGUGGGAUCGACGGGGAGCCGCAAUCACAAGCUUCAACCCCUGGGGACCAGAGGAACUCAGCCCUGAUUGCGCUCCAGGGUUCCUUGAAAAGAAAACAGGUGGUAAACCUGUCUCCUGUCAACAGCAAGAGGCCCAAUGGCUUCGUUGACAACUCAUUCCUUGAUAUCAAGAGAAUCCGUGUGGGGGAGAACCUCUCUGCAGGACAAGGGGGCCUGCAAGUAAAUAAUGGACAAAAUCAGAUUAUGUCAGGGAGCUUGCCCAUGAGCCAAGCACCCCUGCGGAAGACUAACACUCUGCCACCCCAUACACAUCCUCCUGGAAAUGGUAUCUUUAACAUGGGCUUAAAGGAAGUGAAGAAGGAACCAGGAGAGACUCUAUCUUGCAGUAAGCACAUGGAUGGCCAGAUGACCCAGGAGAGCAUGUUUUCCAAUAGGUACGGAGAGGACCCUGUAGAGCAGCUGAUGGACCCAGAGCUGCAGGAACUGUUCAACGAACUGACCAACAUAUCUGUGCCUCCCAUGAGUGACCUGGAGCUGGAGAACAUGAUCAAUGCCACCAUCAAGCAGGAUGACCCAUUUAACAUUGACUUGGGUCAGCAAAGCCAGAGGAGCACUCCCAGGCCCUCCUUGCCCAUGGAGAAGACAGUGAUCAAGAGUGAAUACUCCCCGGGCCUAACCCAGGGCCCCUCGGGCUCCCCUCAGCUGAGGCCCCCAUCAGCUGGCCCUGCAUUCUCCAUGGCCAACUCGGCGCUCUCCACUUCCUCCCCGGUCCCUUCUGUCCCUCAGAGCCAGGCUCAGCCUCAGACAGCCUCGGGAGCAAGCCGGGCCCUGCCGAGCUGGCAGGAAGUAUCCCAUGCCCAGCAGCUCAAGCAGAUCGCGGCCAACCGUCAGCAGCAUGCCCGGAUGCAGCAGCACCAGCCUACCACCUGGUCGGCCUUGCCCUCCUCCGCUGGGCCAUCGCCAGGUCCGUUUGGGCAGGAGAAAAUCCCCAGCCCUUCUUUCGGUCAGCAGCCAUUCAGCCCGCAGAGCUCCACAAUGCCUGGGGUGGCGGGCGGCGGCAGCCAGUCGAAGGUGAUGGCUAACUACAUGUACAAGGCCAGCCCGUCGGCCCAGGGAGGGCACCUGGACGUGCUCAUGCAGCAGAAGCCUCAGGAUCUCAGUCGGAGUUUCAUGAACGCCCCGCACACAACCAUGGAGCCCCGGCAUGGCAACACUAAGCCUUUGUUCCAUUUUAACUCAGAUCAAGCAAGCCCGCAGAUGCCUUCUGUUUUGCCUUCCCAGGCUAAGCCUUCUCUCCUGCACUACACCCCGCAGCCGCCGCAGCCGCCCCCACAGCCGCCCCAGCAGCCCCCGCAGCCGCCCCCGCAACCCCCGCAGCCGCAGAGCUCCAUUUCAGCUCAGCAGCCCCCACCGCCGCCGCCGCCGCAGUCCCAGCCCACCCAGCCCCUGUCCAGUCAGCCUUUGCUAAGGUCCCCCUUGCCGCUGCAGCAAAAGAUCCUGCUUCAGAAAAUGCAGAACCAGCCCAUCACAGGCCUGGGGUAUCAAGUCUCCCAACAGCACCGACAGGAUCAACACUCUGUGGUAGGCCAGAACACAGGCCCCAGUCCAAGUCCCAACCCCUGCUCAAAUCCAAACACCGGAAGUGGUUAUGUGAACUCCCAGCCAUCACUGUUGAAUCAGCAAUUGAUGGGAAAGAAACAGACUCUACAGAGGCAGAUCAUGGAGCAGAAACAGCAGCUUCUCCUCCAGCAGCAGAUGCUGGUUGAUGCGGAGAAGAUUGCUCCGCAGGAUCAGAUAAAUAGACAUUUGACAAGGCCACCACCAGAUUACAAAGACCAAAGAAGAAACACGGGCAAUAUACAGCCAACUGCUGCUCAGUAUUCUGGUGGCUCAUCAGCUGUGAGUUUAAACUCUAACCAGGCUUUGGCAAACCCAGUUUCAACACAUACCAUUUUGACUUCGAAUUCCAGCCUCAUGUCUACUUCGCAUGGGACGAGAAUGCCAUCGUUACCCACAGCAGUUCAGAAUAUGGGGAUGUAUGGAAAUCUGCCUUGCAGUCAACCUGGCACAUACAGCGUCACUUCAGGAGUGAAUCAGCUGACCCAGCAGAGAAACCCAAACCAACUGAUAGCAAAUCAAACCACCCCUCUGAUGCCACGGCCACCUACCUUAGGGGCAAGUAAUAAUAAUAAUAACGUAGCCACUUUUGGAGCUGGACCUGUUAGCAGUUCGCAGCAGGUAAGACCAAAUUUAACCCACAGCAUGGCAAGCAUGCCAGCACAGAGAACGUCGAAUGUAAUGAUCACAUCCAGCACAACAGCACCAAACUGGGCCUCUCAAGAAGCAACAGCCAAACAACAGGAAGCCCUGAAGUCCACAGCAGUCCGCUUCCCCACAGGUGCACCUGCAGCCUAUACUCCAACCCAGUCCCUACAACAGGCAGUGGGCAGCCAGCAGUUUUCUCAGAGGCCAGUGGCUCCUCCUAACCAGCUCACACCAGCAGUGCAGAUGAGACCCAUGAACCAAAUGAGCCAAACAUUAAAUGGACAGACCAUGGGUCCACUCAGAAGUCUGAACCUCAGACCCAGUCAGCUCAGCACACAAAUUUUGCCUAAUUUGAACCAGUCAGGAACAGGGUUGAGUCAGUCGAGGACAGGCCUGAGCCAGCCGCCAUCCCUGACCCCGGGCAGUUUCCCUUCGCCCAACCAAAGUUCCAGGGCUUUUCAAGGAACUGACCAUGGCAGUGACUUAGCUUUUGACUUUCUCAACCAACAGACCGAUAACAUGGGCCCUGCCCUGAACAGCGAUGCUGAUUUCAUUGAUUCUUUAUUGAAGACAGAGCCUGGUAAUGACGACUGGAUGAAAGACAUCAAUCUUGAUGAGAUCUUGGGGAACAACUCUUAAAGGAGAAGAGGGAGACAAUUAAUAAACUCCACGCACUAAAAGGCAGUAUUUCACAAGGACUCUGUAAAGGCCAAACUCUUGACUUUUAGUUGGACUAUGUGAAGAUACCUUGGCUUACACAUGGAAGCAGAAAGUUAACUGCAGUGCUUGGUUCAAAUGUUUGUUUUAAGUCUCAAACCUGAAAGUAAAAUCUUGGGAUCACCUUUCCCUAUCUAAACUCCAGGACACAGUAUCCAGUUUUCCCAAACAGAACUGUGAUGUUGAUGUGUAAUUAGUUGUGUAAAAUAGGCUUCCCAAGCUCCUUUCCUCCCUGAAAGAAAAGUAAUAGAGCUUGUCGCUUGCUAAAUCCCAUGUCAUAUGGAGGUUCUAGUUCCCAGCAACAAAUUCCUUCAUUUGCUCUAAUAGAUAAUAAGUGUGGUUUAAUCUUCACACUCCUGUCUUUUCAUUUAGUUUUCCUAAGACGUCCAGGGUAGAUUAAAAUGUUAUAGGUUUGUUUGGAGUAACCAAACAGUGCCCCAAGUAGAGCAAAGCCAGAGAAACUAGAGAACAUCCAAUGGAUUAUAGAGUUUCUUCCCCAGAUUCACCUCUCACUUGGUCAGUUUUCCCACAUACGCCGUACUUCCGCAACAUGCCAUGUCUAGUGGUGAAACAAGAUUGCAGCUCUCCAACUUUAUUUGGGCUUCCACAGUCAAUUCCUGAAUCCAUUUCCAAGUCUUAGAUAAAAAUCACAACUUGUCCUAAUCAUACUGAAAUAUUGGUGCAUAUAUGUCUGCAUCAGAUUUCACUAUUUCAAAAAGAAAACAUCCCAUGGGACAUGGCUACAGAGGAGAUUUAUCUAGCCACAAAUAACCUGGGGUGUUGCUUCUUGUGAUCAAGCCUGCUGGUUAGUUCCCAUGCCGAGUGAAAUUGAGCCUUGUCUUCCCUGCUUAUUUUGAUGACCAGAGACUGACUUGUAAGAAAACGGAGAUAAGAAGGUAUCUUGUUUUGAUUGGAGAUAAGAAACAGAAGAUCAGGACAAGAAAUGGUGGGUAUGGUUGGGUACAAAUCUAUUUCACAGGGUUUGAAGGAAAGCAUAAUUGAGAGAGAAAACAAUCUGUCCUGAUUUGGGCAUAUUUUGGGUGAACAGCUAAAGAGAAUGUGAUCUGUUCCAGUAGCAAUGUAUUCAUUCUUGGCUCCCUGAUAUAAUAUAUCUUCACCACAUGCUAGACGGACCCUGCAUUAUCCAGGUUUUCUCCCUCAGGGCUGAGCACUGUAUCAAAGAAGGAGUUUUUGUUGAGUCAUCUCACCUCAGCGCCCACACACAGAUCAGCUAUAAAAUGGGGAGGACAUGUGCUGAUUUGGAAUGGAUGCAAAAUAUCACUAUCAUUUUCCUCGUUACAGAAGAACAUAGGUUAUCUUCAACCUUUUUAGUUAUAUGCCCACAUACUCAAUUAUCAGAUGUAAUUUAACUGGACUUGUUUAAUAAAUAAGUCUUUUGAUACCUGUGCUAAAAAAGAUCAUAUUUUGAAAGUUCUGCAAAGCCCUCUCUCAAUCUUUAAAAUGUCUAGAAGAACACUCUUUCUUUUACACAAUACCAACAUCACUGGCCCAGAAUCUUUUCUGUGCUAGGUUGUAAAUAUGAAUAAAUGACUUGUUUUGUAAACUUUUGUAAAGAAUAUUUUGGUAGAAAUACUUAAAACAUAUUCUUUGGGUUAUAUUUAUACAUAUGUGAAAUAAAUAUACUAUCAAAAGGUUAUAUUUUAUACAAAAAGUAAAUUGUUACCUUUUGUAUGCUAAUAUACAAAGUUUUGUAUAAUAUGGUUUAUUUUUAGCUCUACACUUAAACCGUAAGAGGUCAAGUGGGAACUUUUGAAAACUAUCAAGAGGCUUGUUAGACAAAUUUAUAUUCUGAAACCUCAAGAAGAAAGCAUUCCAGGUUUCAAUUUUUUCUUUUUUUUUUCUGCUCCCAAAUUAUUUUUUAAACCCAUAGUUCUUUUGUCUUAUUUGAUCCUACUGCUGUGCACAUUGUAUUGGUUCUUGUUGCAUGUGGUCUACUGUGUGUUUUCCCAUUUUAUAAAACAGUGUUUCUCCAUGCAAAAAAGGAAAAAAAAUAUGUACAUAUAAACACUUUUAUUUUAUGACUCCUCCAUGUUACUGUAUAUAUUUGCCAGUACUUCCCAGUUACACUCCUGUGAUUCAGCUUAUUUUUACCCUAACAUAAAUAGUAUGUUUUGUAGUAGCUAUCAAAUUUAAGAGAUAAAGCAAUCAGAAUGUUUGGAUUUUCUUCUAUCUUAAUGUGAAUUUCAUAAUUAAUGUCUAUUUAUUCAGCUACUCAUUAAAAUACAGGAUUCUUUGGAAAAAAAUGGUGUAGUCUAUAGUUUCUGUUUUUUGGCAGCCUAUGACCAAAGAUGACGUAAUUUUCCUGAAAGCUGAGAUGAUGACAAUUUGAUAGACAGAAUAUAGCCCAAACUUGAAGAUUUACAACGUAAAAGCUAUUGGAAUCCAAUCUCCCAUUUAUAUAGAUACCGGACUACUUAAUUCUUGGCAUUGUUUAUCAUUCUAACAUAUUAAACAGGAGGUAGAAGUCAUUUUUUUUUUUAAUUCAAAGACUAGUAAGCAGUUUAGGCAAAUAAUUCAUUCUUGGCUUUGUGUUAAGCCCAAUGAAGAUAAAUAACCUUGCUCUGAGUGAAUGCACUAAUAUUACUUGCAUUACUGUAACUGUACCCAUAACUGUAAAGAUUUCAACUUGUAAAACAAGUAUUUUGUAUUGUGUGUAAUUUCAUGUGUUAAAAAAUAGUUUUAAAAAAUUCGGAAGUGGUUCUCUUGUAUGAAAUCAUACUUUCAGUCACCAACAAUACUGUUGCUAUAUCACAGAAAGUUCUGAGAACUAUUAAUAGCGAUGGGCACAUUUAGUCUCUGGGAAGCUUCUAGUGAAAUGCUGUCUUGUCUCUUUUCAGUGCUCUUUAGUUCACUUAGAAGGUUUGUUUUAAAAUCCUGUAUGCACAGCACCAAUAAAUACCGAAGAAACACAUUCUCAGGCAUGGUGGGCCUUUGCCUGGGCACCUGUUCAGGCCAAGCCUGAGUGAACACAAGGCCAGGUAAACACAGCUUCACUGAGCAUAUUUACACAUUCCUUCUUGAGGGUCAAAGAGGUUAAGAAAAAGGCGGGAGGAGGCAAUGGGAACCUUUCUCACCAAUGUUCUUGCUCCCCUGUUGAAGUGUGUUGCUGGGAUUCCACUGUCCCUUCCCCCUCUGCCAGGAAGAUGUGUGGCAUUAUCCUCUUUAUUCGUGUUAUUAAUGGAGCAAUAAUAAAAUUGACAUUCUAUGUGGUCCCGGUCCAAUG